UUGUUAUCAAAUGUAAACAUAACCUCAGUUAUGGGUUGUUAUUCGAUUUCUUAUAUUCAAUGCAGAUAUUAAAUAAAUAACAAUGGCACUUGUUCAUUGUUUCCAAUUUUUCUUACUUAGCGUCUGCAUCAAUUCGUUUACAAUAUUCAUGUAUGUUAUUUAUCAUGGUGAUUUACUAUGGACUUCAUACAAUCAAAGUGUUGAAGAGGAAUACGACUAUAUUAUCGUUGGUUCAGGAACGGCAGGAUCCGUGAUAGCCCAAAGGCUUGUGAGCGAAACGAACCACACCUUCGUGGUUCUAGAAGCGGGAGGUAGCAGCAACUUCCUUUUUGAUGUACCAGUUCUUGGGCCACUGCUGCAUGGCUCUGUGUAUGAUUGGCAAUAUGAGACUGUGCCACAGGAGAAUGCAUGUUAUGCUAUGGAAAAUAAGAAAUGUCAGCUGUUUCAAGGGAAAAUAAUUGGUGGUUCGUCCAAGCUGAACAACAUGAUACAUGUGCGAGGUAACAUAUCCCACUAUCUCGACUGGUUUCACGGCGAAUACGACGAGGAAUUCAUCCGCAGACAUUUUGAAUUCGUCGAAGAUAAUAUUUUGAAUCUAGACGAAAUUCGAUUUCAAAGCGAACUUGCUGAUGCUAUAUUGGAAGCUGCCGAGGAAUUAGGUUACCACACUAUCAACGUUGAAUUUGAACAGGGUUUCAGGAAAAGUAAAGUGUCUCAAAAGAAUGGCAAAAGAUGGUCAGCUAGUAAUAGUUUAGAUUCUAAAUAUAUCAAAAUUGAUGCUCUAGUCCAAAAAGUUUUAGUUACGAAUAAUAAGGCUUAUGGUGUUAGUGUUAUUGUAUCGGAUAAAGAGAAAAAUAUAUAUGCAAGGAAAGGUGUUAUUCUAUCAGCAGGGUCAUUAAAUACUCCAAAAAUCCUACAGCUCUCUGGUAUUGGUCCAUCGGAAUUAUUAAAACCUCUAGAUAUUCGUGUUGUGAAAGAUUUACCAGUGGGUAAAAAUUUGCAAGAUCAUAUAGGCACAGGAUUAGAUCUGAUCAUGUUUAACAAGUCUCUCUCAAUUAGCGCUAUAGAUAUGUUGAACGUGUAUUACGCCACACAAUAUUUUGUACACGGUAAAGGACCUUUCACAACACCCGGAUGUGAAGUUGUUGGUUUUAUUUCCACUAAAAAUGAAUCCACACCCGAUCUUCAAUUCAUGGUGUUACCAGUAGGAAUAUCUUCAGAUAGAGGCACUCGCUUGAGAACAAGUUUAGCUAUAAGCGACUUGACGUGGUACAAUUAUUUUGCAAAGUCGUUUGAGAAGCACACAGCGACUAUACUGCCAUUGAUAUUGCAUCCGAAAAGUAAAGGUGAUGUUAGAAUAAGAAAUAAAGAUCCUAAAUCAGCACCUCUGAUUGAUCCAAAGUAUUUAUCGAAAAGGAACGAUGUUGAUACGUUGAUAAGAGGUCUCAAAUUAAUUGUUAAUUUUAUUGAUACUCAUGCUAUGAGGAAAAUUGGGGCUUACAUUAACCCUAUGCCUUUUCCCGGCUGUGAGAGGUACUUAAUAUUUUCAGAUCAGUAUUGGGAAUGUUACAUUCGCCAUUUGACCUUAACGAGCUACCAUCCUGUAGGUACUUGUGCUAUGGGUUUGUCGGCAGAAGACAGUGUUGUGGAUACUUCAUUUCAAGUUUUUGGAAUCAGUAGUUUGUAUGUUGCUGAUGGUUCUGUUUUGCCGACGCUACCUAGUGGUAAUAUUAAUGCUGCAAUAGCUAUGAUGGCCAGUGUGUUUUUUGAAGCGAAUUUUUUAUCAAAGUCAAAGUUGCCGCGUCCUGAGCAUGUUUGUAAUAAGAAGGAUUAUCUUGAUGAGCUUCUGUUUAAAAUUUGUAUUUUCAAGUGAAUUGUGAUAUUAGUGUUAAGGUGAUUGUUAGUAGGUACAAUGUGUUGUUGUAAUUCUUUCUUUUUAUUAUUUAAGUACAAAAUUAAUACUUAUUUUGAUUUUAUUGUUAAAUUUAAAGAGAAACCACUGGUAUUUAAUUAAGUUUCGUUGUUUUAUGGAAUACUAACUUACAUGGGUAUAUUUACAAAGAUUUCAUUGAGGGUUAGCCCCUUUUUUGUCACCGGUAUAAUGUCUCUUUUAGAAAAUCAUUGAACUUAUACUCGCAUAACAAAAAGCUAAUCCAAUUAUCCCAAUCCCAUUCGAAUAUGGAGAAAAAACUGUUUCCAUGGGAUGCCACGCGGGCGAAGCCGCGGGUAAAACUAGUUGCACAUAAAAAUA